AAUUGUUGAUGUUUCAUUGUUGAAUUUAGUAUUUUCACACUUUAUUUUUCAAAACCAUUUUCAUAUUAAAUUUUUAUUUUAUUCAAAACGAAUGAUAGCCAUAGCUCAAUAAAAGCAUCGCCAAUGAGAGAGCUAGAAAAUAUGAAGGAAAGUCGAACGUUGUUAUUAAGACGGAUGAAUUAUUGACGGAUUAUAUGUGUGCUGCUUUUGUAUUUGUGUGAUCACUGACUUGUCAACCAGCAAUAAUUUCAUAUAAAUCUCUCUAGAGACAAAAAAUUAAAGUAAACAGAUAUUGAAAACAACACACCGUCAAAUUAGAUAGUACAUUAAACUCAUAAAAAAUGAAUAGAAAACGAUAUUGUUACAUUAAAUGUUGUAAAUAUGAAAUGGGCACAUUGGACGACGAUAUUUCGUUUUUCAGAAUGCCCCAAGAUGAAGAACUGAAAUUAAAAUGGAUUGAAAUUAUCUCAAAACAUCAAAAUAUGUCCAAAACAAUACCAUCAAUCAUGGUGUGCGAACGUCACUUCACCUCAUUCGACUAUUCUUGGCAAAGAGGAAGAAAGCACUUGUACAAAGAAGCAAUUCCAACAAUUUUCAGAAAUGAAGCACCGAGAGUGAUGCCAAAUAUUAUACCGGUUAAAAGGUUUGGAGUGCCGAGAGCAAAAUACUGCAAAAUCAAACACUGCACAAAUGAAACUGGAACACAUGACAAAUCAGUGUUAUUCUUCAGUGUAUUAUCGAAUAAACGAAUGAGUACGGCGUGGAUUCAAGCGAUUUGUCGACACCAAGAUUAUGACUUUCACACCAAAAAAUUCAUGAUAUGUGAAGAACAUUUUACGCCACAUGAUUUUAUCGAAAUAAAUGGAAAGAGGACGCUUCAAAUUACAGCGGUUCCAUCAAUUUUUGUGUAUCCAGACGAAACAGAUUGUUUAGUGCAGCCUGAAUCCCAUGAAAGUGAACUUACUUGCCAUAUUGGGCGUUGUUAUCAAAACAAUAUGAAUGGCAAAAACAUAUUGUUUUUCAGAUUACCAAUGUACGGAAAAACGAGAUCAAAAUGGACUGAAGCUGUCUUGAAGUAUCAAUAUUGUGACUUUUACGGACUUUUCCUAAUUUGUGAACGGCAUUUUAAGGCGGAAGAUUUUGAAAUGAACCGAAAUGAGGGUAAAGUCCUCAAGAAAGGAGCGAUUCCUUCCGUUUUCAAAACAAUAUCACAAGAAAAUCGUCACGAUCUGCUUUUUAUCGAUGUAAAUCGGUUGGAGGAGGAGCCAACCACAAAGAGGCAAAGAAAAUGUUAGGGAUUUAGAUAUAUUAAAAUAGAUUUGUUUGGUGAAAUAACAAACGGAAGACAAUGGAGCAAUUCUCUUGACGUUGGAUGCAUGGCAAUCAUUUUCAAGUUAAAUUGGCCGAAAGAUUUGGCACGCCGAAAAUAAAAUAUAGAUUUAUUGAAUUAAAA